GAAUCUACCCCUGUGCUGAGUCGUGCGAUUGAGUUCUGCACAACACCCACCAUUCGUAACAUACUGUGCCAUUAGCUUAUGAUUGGUAAUACUGGAGGUCAUUUAAUAAUUUCUUGGAGUCAGAUUAAUCAUAUUUUUCACAAUAUUUACUACUCUGAAGCAUUCUUCGGUCCCACGAAGUUCCAACACGUUUAAGCCUUCAAGCCUGUUUUAGGCGUCGGUUUGGUUAAACAUUUGGCUGUCUUGUGACUUUCAUCUGUGACAUCACAGUCUGAUGGGAAAUGUGAGAAGUAUACUCCCACAUCGACUGACACAUACUCACUCGAUCACACACACACACACACACACACAUCCACCACCACCACCACCACAGAGUGAGACAAUAGAGACCCACAGUUAUAUAAAGGGAGAUGAUGAGUGAGUGAGAGGGUGUGUGAGUGUGCAUGUGAGAGAGAGAGAUCAGAGCUCACAAUUGUUAAGUUUAUGUGAAACAAAGCAAGUAGGGGAGUUUCUUGGACUUGAUAUGGAUAAGGAGGAAAGCCAAGAGAGACAAAAAUACUCCCUAAACUGUGACUGAUGUGUACAUUCUCUGACGGAAGCAGAAAGGAAAGGCAGGAGCCCUUUGAACCUAACUGUUGAUUUUGAACCUCAGAAAUACCUGCGUGGGCUUCAGAGUGAAACUCAGACAAGCAGAGUUUCCAACGGUAAGAAUCACAGGGGCGAGCAAGAGAAGGAGAGAGAGAGGAAGAGAGAGAAAGAGAGAGAGAGAGAACUCAAACCGGGAGUUUAAACACCGAAGCUCCUGGGAGAAGUGGAUAGACUCACCUGUCUCUUACUCAAGAGUCUGCUGUGUGACAAGAAGAAGUUAUGGCUCAGUGUUACUCACUCUCACUCUCACUCUUCUUCGCCGCACUUCAAUUUCAAUUCACUUCUUCAAACGAGUCGGACCCAUGUGAACCAUGGUUGCGCAGCUUGGGAAUGGACAAAUGCCACAGAUUGAGCCCGGCUGCUAUUGGCCAGAUCCAGGCCAAUGACACGACGGUGCUGCUGCCCAUCCUCUACCUCGUGGCCUUCGUGGUGGGCCUCCCCUCCAACCUGGUGGCCCUGUGGGUGCUGCUCUUCCGCACCAAGAAGCAGCCAUCCACCAUCCUGCUCAUCAACCUGACCACCUGUGACCUGCUACUGCUGGUGGUGCUGCCCUUCCGCAUCGCCUACCACUUCCAUGGCAACAACUGGAUGCUGGGCGAGCCCCUGUGUCGCCUGGUGAUAGCCGUCUUCUACGGGAACACGUACGGCUCGGUGCUGAGCCUGGCACUGAUCUCCUUCGACCGCUACCUGGCACUGGUGCACCCGAUUGGAGGGCGGGCACUGCGUAGCUACCGCUUCUCCGUCUACAUGUGCAUAGCAGCAUGGGCGGUGGUCUUGGCUGCCAUGGCGCCCCUGCUGGCCACUCAACAGACCUACAGACCAACAAACCUCAACAUCACCACCUGCCACGAUGUGCUGCCCCUGGACAAACAGGGCAGCUUCUUCCUGCCCUACUUCGCAAGCCUGUUCACCAUUUGCUUUCUGCUGCCACUGCUGGUGGUGGUGUUCUGCUACGGCUGCAUCCUGCACAUGCUGGUCAAGGCUGGCCGGCGCUACAACCACGCCAUGCGUGUCACCGUGCUGACGAUAGUGGUGUUCCUGGUGUGUCUGUUGCCCAGCAACGUGCUACUGCUCUCGCACUACUCCAACAUGGUGAGUGCGGAUAAGGCGGGCGAGGACAACCUCUACGUCCCCUACAUGGUAAUGUUGGCACUCAGCACCUUCAACAGCUGCCUGGACCCCUUCAUCUUCUACUACGUGUCUGAGGACUUCCGGGAGAAGGCGCAGCAGAUGCUGUUCUGCAGGAAGCCCAAGCUGCAUGCCACCUCCAGCAAGCAGGACACGUGCUCGACCUCUGGGUCAUCUCGGUCCAAGGUGACGCUGCUGUCCACCUCGGGCCAGGUGAUAGUUAUUCCUGAGGCCACCACGUUGAAGGGGAAUAUCGCCUGAUUGCAGGGGUGCGGGAUCGGGGUGACUAGAAACUGCUACUGGGGCAUUGCAAGCUUCGCAAGUAGUGUAUAUGUGACUGCAAGUGCUGCCCAGUGACUGCCCUCUCCAGAUGGAAGAACCAGAGGUCGACAGGAGACAAAAUACAGCGCCAUUUACCUUUUGGUGUUAACAUGCAUUUAUCCUCCUUGCUAAAGCUCUGCAAACCGGAACCGGAAGUGAUAUAAGAAUAUAAUCUCCAUUUCACUCGGAAUGGCUAUAAGAAAAGACAUCUGUUAUAUCUAUUGUGUUAUGCGGUUAACGUGUGAAGUCGUGGCAUUAAAGGUCCACAUUGGUGUGAUUGUAAAGACCAUAUAAAACAUGGGAGGUAAUUUGGCUUAUUUCUGCAUGUCUUACUGACAGAACGUACGCAGCAAAAAUGUCCUUAAAAUGUCGAUAUGAAUGCUAUCAAAGACUUCUAGUCUUCCCUUGAAAACCAUACAUCUGUAUUGUCAUGUUGUCAGUCCUGAACACCUUCUGUAGAUCUAGACCCUUGAAAAUUCCCGAGUGAUAAUUCCUUCCCAGAGGUCUACAGCUGUGACUAUCAGUUCAACCAGCGGCAUUCCUUACGGCCGACGCUGUGACCCAGGGCAAGUGGAGCCCUGCAGGCCAGAACUCUGACUCUGUAUAGAGAUGUGAAGAUUCUAUAAAAACACAUGUGGUUUGUAGUUCAA